AUGGCUUCGGGCACAGCUAAGACAAUGAAGGAGGAAGCCACCUGCCCCAUCUGCCUGGAGCUGAUAACUGAGCCAGUGAUCAUAGACUGUGGACACAUCUACUGCCAUUCUUGCAUAUUAGAAAAUAUUGAGAAACGACAACAGAGGUCACCAACACAGAAAAUCUUUCAGUGUCCUUUAUGUAGGACACAGUUUCAAAGGGAGAGCAUCAGGCCCAGUAAGCAGCUAGAAAGCAUCAUUAGCAACAUUAAGAAGAUGGAGCAGGAGUAUCUGUGUGAAGAACAUGGAGAGAAGCUGAACCUGUUUUGUGAAGAUGAUGGUCAGCUCAUCUGCUGGUGUUGUGAGCGGUCAGCUCAGCACAAAGGGCACACCACGGUCCUUGCUGCAGAUGCCUGUCAAAGCCACAAGGAAAAGUUCCAGGAAACUUUGGCAUGUCUGAGGGAACAAGAAUUGCAAAUAAAGGAAUGGCAACGAAAUAUAAGAAAGCAAACUGCAAAAGUUCAGUCUGAAAAUCUGAAUAAAAGAAAUUUUAUCGAGUGCAGCUUUAAGAUAUUUCAUAUGGUACUAUACAUGGAGGAGAAAUCUUAUCUAUGGAGACUGGAGAAUGAAGAAGAGGAAGUUCUUAAGAGACUGCAAGAAAUUGAAUUCCAGUUGGAGGAGCAAAGCCGGGAACUGAACAAACACAUCCUGGAACUGGAGAGGAAAUGCCAGGGCUCAGCCCAGGAGUUACUACUGCAGGAUGUGACAGACACUUUGGACAGAAUUUCUGCUAUGGUGAUAAGUGAACCAGAGGAUGUCUCAUUGGAUAUUCACACUAUGCCUGAUUUUGAUAGCAUUUCCCAUCAAUUGAUAAAAAUGUUUGAGACUGAUUAUGUUAAAGUUACUCUAGAUCCAGAUACAGCGCACAGUCACCUACUUCUGAACGAGGAUGAAAAAAGGGCGACUGGUGGAUUACCCCAAGUGAAGCAUGAGACUCCCGCUAGGUUCAAAGACUUACCCUGUGUCCUGGGAUAUGAGACCAUCGCCUUAGGAAAACAUUACUUUGGAAUAUAUAGUAUAAGCGGACCUGAGUGGGAUGUCGGAGUUUGUCAGGAAAAUGUGCCAAGAGACAAUGACAUGAGACGGGAUCCUGAGUCUGGAUUCUGGGCCAUCAGACGUUGCAAAGAUUAUGGCUAUAUAGCUCUUACAUGUCCCCUAACUCCUCUUUCUUUGCAGCACGUUAACUAUAUAGGGAUUUUUGUGGACUAUGAGGCCGGACUUAUCUCCUUUUAUGACGUGGUAACUGGCUCCCACAUCUUCACCUUCCCAAAGGCCUUUUUCUCUGAGCCUAUCAGGCCUUAUUUCCGUAUUGGUGAAGAUUCUGAUCUGUACACUUAG